GCUGCCCUCUAUCGCAACGCUCCGCUAUAUGGGACCCUUCUCGCUCUCAUACCGCUGUUGCUCCCUUAACUACAACCUCUAUAGGUAACAAACCAAUACAGUUAAGGCCCGGUUCCCACCUCAAAAUAAGCGAGAUGUCUGACUCUGCUGUACGAGCUACUGAAACCGCCAAAGGAGGCAUCAAAUACGAGUUGGUGCUCUCCGAACCCUCUGUGAACGAUCCUCCCAAGAAGGAUUCGAUCACCUCCCCUCCCAAAACGAUGUCUGUGGAAGAAAUCGAACAGAAACUGAAGGCUGCCGAAGAAAGAAGACUCAUGUUGGAGGCUGAAAAACUGAACCAAAUCAAUGAAAAGAAAAACAAACUGCAGGAGGCGAACCAGAAGCGCCAGGAGUACAACAACAACUUCAUCCAGUCCACCAAGGAGACCCUCGAACAGAAAAUGGAAAUUUUCGAGAACAACAGAGAAGCCAAGCUUAGAGCUUUGCAAGAAAAACUCAAAGAACACGAAAGACACAUUGAAGAAGUCAGACAAACAAAGAGUCUGAAUCUGAACGACGCAACUCAGGAGCAAACCGUUGCAUCUUCCGGCUAAAUAUGGCGGCCGGACGGAAAGCCAUAUCCUUUUCGCCAAACUUCUGUUGCUUCAUAUCAGUCAAUAGAGCUCACGAAUACUGUUAAAAUUAACUACACUAAUUGCUCCUUGGACUGGAAAUUCCGAUUACUAGUCAUAAAAGAACAAAAUUAGCAUUGUUCGCUUACUGUGUUAGCUAUUAUUCGCCUAACUGUGUUGUAACCUCAGUUGCUGCUUUCUGCUUUCUGUGAUCAUGUUGUGAAUAAUGUAAUCCAUGUCUUUGCUGUCGCUUAUAAUCCAGGAUUCUGGAUAUUUGUGAUUUUGUUCAUAUGCUGCCUGUGAUUGCCUAUAAAGGGUACCCAUUCCUGUUACGUUGCAUAAGGAUUAUCAAUCUAGUUUAGUAUUCUUGUGGUCUGGGUAAAAAAAAAGCAUUCAAAUGUUUUUAAAUAAAUGUUUUGAAUGGUAAAAAGUGCUCUUAAUAAAGUGAUGCAAUGUGUAAACUGUUAGAUAAGUGGUUUUUUGGCGAGUUUUUGAUAGUACUUAACUGUAUGUAAAAUAUCAGAUGAUUUUUUGGCGCUUUUAACAAAAACUUUGACUUUUCUAAGAAAGUUGAAACGUUUCCAAUCAAAUAUUCCUUCCAGCUAUUUUUAAAUAAAGGUCGCAAAAUUUAAUUAACUAAAAAGAAAAAGAAGGCUUAUGUACUUAACAGCGAAACAUGCUCAGUCAAAAAGUAAAAUAUGGCAAGCUAAUAGUUGCAGUUAAAGAGUAAUUGCCGUGAUUUUCAUUACUUCGAGAACUGAUUGUCUAAUGGCAUUUACAAAUUGGUAGGUAAGUGCUUUGAGAUGGUUAGAAAAAUUAUAAUUCAAUCAGCAUAUUAUUGGUAAAAAUAAUAAUGGAUAGUUCUACAGAAAACGAAAGCAAACGAAACUUGCUAGAGAUCAGAAUAGAAUUGCAGCAUUUUUUACCAUUAAAGGACGUCCUUUUUUUCUGAUUUUAAAAAGCAAUUUCUAUUUUAAAGAUAUCUUUAAAAAAGUGAUAAAGUUUUGUUAAAAGCAUUUGUAGCAAAAUAAGUUAACUCCAUUCAUUGUCUAGCUAAUAUUGCAGUUCUUAUUAACAAUAUGGAAUAUUAUUAAAAAUAGAAAACACCAUUAAAUUAAAAGAAAACUGCCAAUGAUUUCUAUUAGAGACCUGUACCCACCCAGAAACAAAAUUCGUCUGAAAUUCCUUUAGAUUAUUUUUAUGUUAACAUCUUAUGUGAUAUUUUUUAGCUCUGUCUCCGUACGUGUUCCUGAAAAAAUUGUACUUUUAGACACAUUUAAUACUUCACCACUGAUUAACGUUCCCAUAACACUGUGCAACUGUAGAUAACGACUGUACAGCAGUAAAGAUAACGCAGUGAUAUUUUCGUUGAUUAACUUUCGAUCGUUGUCUUAAACUUAUCAAAGUCUUGGUAGAAAUAAUUUACAGGUUUUAUUCUGGAUGUAUAGUAUACUUUUAAGUUGAGGAUUUAUAGUGUGACGGCCAUUGUUUGGAAACUUAACUCAUUGAUAUUGAUUCAAGCAUUAAUUUUUUUGGAA